UGUAUGCAACAAUUGGCUUUUGGUUGGAUCACCCCUGGUCUUCAAUCAUGCGAAGAGUUGAUUCGAUUAACUCGACUAGAGGAGAAAACAAAAUAUCAUCGACCUUGCAACAACAGCUCAUCUUUCAUCAUACCAACGACACGCUGAAGUGAAAGCAAACAGGUGCCACUGAUCAACAUAUGGUAACACUCAGGCCAAGGCAAAGGGUAUGCGGCGACUUCUAUAGAGGAUUACGCCAUCGUCGAGUGAUCGUCAAGAUCUCUUCAUCAUCAGUUUUCCGAAGUACCGCACCAUUUUCUGAGGGGGACCUGUAUUGAGGCGUUAGCUGAGGCCUCAAACUCACUUUAUCUCGCCAACACAACGGUUUUGCACCUCAACUGCACCAAUAUUCAAAAGGUUGCUCAAGACUGACGCACCCUCCUAUCUGCUAGCCAGCGCCUAAUACUCCUUGGUGGUCGGGUACCAUCGGGUGGUACCACCCCUUCAGAGCUCUUUUGGGUAUCAGGUUACGAUUGGACGGUUGGAUACCCAUUAUCAUCCAUCAGCAGAGACCAUGGGCAAGCCGCCACGGCAUCGGACCGUUCUUCACGCAGCCGCGGCCUCCGCUGCUUCCAAGGCCUCGGGUUCCCGAAAACAACGGCAGGUUUCUUCCAACAACAGCACGGGGAGUGCUCCCAGCUCGGUCAUGUGCGUCCCAGCCCCCUUGACAAGGGAGCUUUCAGACCUAAGUGGGUCCUACAUGAACGGGAACACCGCUCCCCGUGGCUUUAACGGCGGCCGUGCCAGUGUCUGUUCUAACGAGCAUGAACAAGCCCAAGGCUUCUGGAGACAGGCAUACAUCCUAUCGUCGCCAUGUCCAAAGGAAACGCCACCGGCUCCCGCAGUAACAACAACAACAACAACAACAACAACAGCGGCAACAACAACGGCAGCGGCAGCUACGCAGCAACAAUCACAAGCACUGAUUGUAGUAGAACGAAACGGAGUGAUCGAGCUGGUCAAGAAGAGUGACAGCGGAAGCUCUACAGGGGGGGACGACCAACACGAUCAUGAACAUCAACAGCAACAACUGAAUCGAACAAAUAGCUUUGGUGCCAGGAAUGGAGCAGCGCACAACCAAAGCAAUAACAAGCUCCACACUGCUAGUAGGGGCGCCGAACUAAGCAACGAAGAUCUCCUGUUCUUGUCCCAUACGUCUCCCACCUCCCUGUUACUUUCCGUUGACAACAAUAGCAAAGACGACGAAUCGUCCCGGAUUCCCAUUCUUAUCCUUCUUCUGGAUCCAGGUCGGAAACAAUACGAAAUCAUGCAAUUGUGGGUUGACCCGCUGGCGGAUCUAGCAAGGGAUGUUCUAUAUGCGUUGCAACGAAAGCUGUCCGAUCGAUGGAGACAGGACUACGAUGGUCUAUUCCAACUGCGAGGAGACAAGUUCUGCCAAUUGGUUCAUAUACUCUCAAUAGCCAAAUAUGAUGUCCGACCAAGAGAACUUUGGGUGGCCAAGCCUUGGUCCAUGGCUGCCAAGGCAGCAACUGACAUUGCCAGGGACUGCAUCCGACAACUGAGGGCUGGUGGAUUGCUCGACUUGUACCCCAACAGCCAGCCUGGAAAGUCCCGCAUAAAGAACUUCUUGCGUAAGGGUUCCAAAGAAGGGCGAACAUCGCCAGUGUUUGAGAAUGAUAUCCCGUUGACUCUGAGUGAGGAGGCUUUGAAACGACUGCAUAUACCAAAUGGAGUCAUGAAACAUCAUCACGCUUGUCAGUUUCUGAGCUUUCAAGUUCCGUCCAUUCCAUCUCGAGUGCCUGUACACCCGCAACGCGGCAAUUCACAAAACGGUAGCAGAGGUUUCCUGGGGUCCUUGCUUGGAACCAGCCAGUCCUUUGAUGACGUUAGCUCACAGCUGAGUAAUCCAUCCGACGUUAUGCUCCUUCCUUCCAACACAGACUUAAUUCGCGUCACCAGUAGCUUCAGCACUUCCAGCCCAGCCACUAGCCCGAGUCGAAGACAACGGCAACCUCACGGAGGAUAUACACCACCCUUUGCUUCACAACAGUACAACAACUUCGACUCCAACUGGAAACCAUCCGGCCCUCUCGAAGUGGUUGGAGAAUUCAUUGUCGCCAACAAUGACAAUGGUCGAGACACAACACUCCAGCGGCAAGUAGGACAACAACCAGACACCAACGCAUCCACAAUUCUCGCAGACCUAAACAGAACCAACCCGAAGGAUCUGUCUGAGCCCAAGCAGUUUGAGGACGAGAUCGCGCACAGUAAGAAGCAACGGUGUUCCAUCUGGAACUAUUUGAGCCCGCUGAAUUGCGUCAAGCGCCGCGCCAAUGGAAAGGGCGAGGAUGGCUACUCGUCCUCGUGGGGUGGAGAUGGAAGCCGCAGCAGUGGAUCGAAAAACAACCGCAUCCGCAGAAGCAAUAGCAACGAUGCCAACGGUCGAGCAGAGACCCCGACAUCCAAAGGAAGUCAUGACGAUGAACAGUCGUUCAGGUUUGAUCCUGGUUGGAAGGAGGACAAUUCCAUCAUUUCUGAUUCCGCACCUCUGUUGAGUAGUUUGCGCAACACCAGCAAUUUUAGGCAGGCUCCGGAACAGCCAAAGCACCAAAAGGCAAAUUCACAUUCGCGAGGGUCCAUUGCUCGAUAGUCCAUGUAAUCAGCGCGGAAUGCCGCGUAUCCAUUGUUUGAACAGCACUUCUAAUAGACCACCAGAUCCAUUUUCUUACAAUGCGUGCUCUGGCAUAGGCAACCCCAUAGUUCUACGCUUCAUCAAAUGCAUUUGCUAUUCCUCAAUGGUUAUAAAUUGCUCUACUACAGAAAUUGAUACCUCCCUCAACAUUCCAACAUACAUGUCAUCAUUGCCUUCCCAACCGCAUGGCGACAAGAGCGGAUUGGAUUCAGUCAUUUAUUCUUCAUAUUCAAAAGAAGGGGAAGUCAACAGCAUAAAACACCAUCGGUGGGCGGCCCAUGUUCAAAGGUUUGAUAGAAAAACCUUCGGGCCCUUUCUCUUGUUCAUGCUUGAGCCGAGCUUUGGUUUUUGCUUCGCCAUUCUUGAUGCGAAGUUUUUCAAAGAAUGCAUACGCCUUGCGGUAGACCGCAUUUCCCUGCUGAUCUUGGUGCUUGGCAGCCAAGAAUUUGGCCAAAGCAUUGUUGUUUGCACCCGAGAGAGCGAUUCUACAGAAAGCCGCCUUGGUCACACCAGGUUUGUCCUGAAAGAGCUUCUUGAUCUUUUUGACAAGCUCUGGACAAGAGUCAUACACUACCUCCUCGUUGGCGCCAGUGGUGGCCAAGACUUCUGUCAACCAAGCGUCGGCUUCAGCUCGCUGUGCCGCCACGGAGGGCUUUGCCUUCUUGACGGCAGUGCCAUCACUCGAAGAAGACGCCUUUCGCUUCUUGUCUUGUUUCUUUUGUAACUUCUUCUGGUGGUCGUGUUUUGCCAAGAAACGACCAGCCUCAAAGUAUGUCUGAUUCUGAACAGCCGACCACUGGGGUUACAGAAUAGAAGGGUGAGAAUGGCGGAGCACUAUUGAUUUCACUUUGCUGGACCAACAAUAGACAAACGUCUCGUAUUGAAUUCUUACUGGGUCCUUGUAGUUUUUGCGGUUCAUGAACUUGUAAAAGGAUCUGCUGCUGACUCCAAUUUCUUCCAACACGUCCUUUGUGGUCCGACCACACGUGUCCAAGUAGCGCUGGAACUCGCCACGGAUUUGGUUGGGAGUCUUUUGCUUGCCGGAGGACAUCAUUGGAACCCAAUCGCAGUCUUCCCAAGGCAUGGCUUCUUCCCCUUGAUCGCUGUCAUUGUCGGAAGCGACAGUGCGAGGAGUUGUAGCCUUGGCAGCUGACACAGCAAUAGCUGUGCCGUCGUUUGGAAAAGAGAAAGCAAUAGACAUGGUGGAGCCGUGCAACGCUACAGAUGAAGGUGUGUGUCAAAGAUGCUUCAAAAGUAGGUGUAAAGCUUCGCGCCAAAAUCCGCUCAACGAAGCUGUGCACAGCGUGCCAGCCGGUCUCACAUUUGGUAAAAAUCUGAAAUCCAUUUCGUCAAAAAGCAUCAUUUUUAUAACCAAUUCAUCACCCUUCAUAACCAUCUAUAGAAAAGUACGAGUAGACUAUUAGACUAGUACCAG